UUUGUAAACAUCAAUGUGUCAGUGAUUCAAUAAAUUUUAUGGAUGUAAUUAUGAUUAUGAAACCACUUCAUAAAUAAUUAUGAAUGUCAUAAGAAAACACAUGACUUUUCGAUAGUCCUAUGUAUAAAAAGGACAAGUAAUUAUUCCAGUGAAUAAAAUAAAUGCGUGUUAUGAUAUCGGUCUAAAAUUAUCUGAAAAUUCAUAAUGCCUUUUAGAACACCAAAAUUAAGAAGUGUGAGAGGGCGAGUCAUAAUUGCUAUGUCGUUCCUCGUUGUGUAUGUUUUGGCUUCGUAUAUUAUCGUCGAAAAGUAUUUCUUUAUCAAACGCAAAGGCAACGCAAGCGCACCUAAAGUGGAGUUAGAAUAUGUCGUUGUACAUCUGGAUUUCAAGGGAGCUCCUCCGAAGUUGGCGUAUCUGGAGUCCCUGCUGCCGAUGCUGAAGAAACAUGGCGUCAAUGGUCUUCUUAUUGAGUACGAGGAUAUGUUUCCCUACGAUGGACCACUGAGCAUAUUGAGCAAGUGGAAUAGUUACAAAAAGAAGGAGCUCCGUGCAUACCUCACCGCCGCAGUCGCAUCUGGUUUCGAGAUAAUCCCUUUGAUCCAAACAUUCGGCCACAUGGAAUUCGCCCUAAAGCAUCCUGAACUUGGCUUUUUAAGAGAAAAUCCUAAUUUUACUGACUCUAUCUGUCCUAGUUCUCCAAUGAGCCAGAAUUUUCUUGAAAAGAUGAUAGGACAGAUCAUACGUUUUCAUCGAAAGAUAGCUCCUUUGAGAUACAUCCAUGUAGGUUGCGAUGAAGUUACCCAUAUCAACCAUUGUGAUCUAUGUCGGCAAAGGAAUUCCACAAAAGCGUAA